UUCAGCUAGUUCAUAACCCCAUUUAAAGUGUAAAUCUACCGAAAAAGAAAAACAAGUUUAAAGUUAUUAAAAAAGCUAUAAAAACAUCAUUUAAACGAUUAAAUGAAAUUGUAAUAAGAUAAUAUCUUUGUAUAUAUCAAGCUUGAUAAGAAAGUGAUCGAAUUUGCUGGAAGUUUAUGAUUGAAUUGAUUCUGAUACAUUUUGUGAAUUAUAUUUGACUAAACAACUUGAGUAACUAGCUUGUUAUUUAUUUGCGAGGAGUGAUAAUUGAUAGAUUGGUGAUUGGAAAUUCUGAAGAUAUGUCUGUGGAAUAUAUUCAAGUGGCUGAAGAUUACAGUGAUGAGCCAAUUGAACUUCCGCUUGAGCCAGAUGACAAUACGUUACUUUUGUCAACCCUACAAGGACAAUUUCCUGGAGCAACUGGCUUAAAAUACAGAAAUCCCGAAAAUAAAGCUAUACGUGGAAUAAGAUUGAAUGACUUAAAGUUGCAUGCACCAGGAUGUGGUUGGGAUGGUCUCGUAUACUAUUGCGUAUUUCCAAAAGACUCUGUUUCAGAGAAUAAGCGAAAGAGCGAUGAUGUUAUGGAAAAUGUCUCAAAAUCUAAAGUUUCAAAAUGUCAAACAAAUAAAUGCACGGAUUUGAUAGUUCUCGGAUUAGCAUGGAAGACAAAUGAGCAGGCAUUAAGAGAAUAUUUUGAAACUUUUGGCGAAGUUCUGAUGGUACAAGUAAAAAAGGAUGCAAAAGGUCAAUCAAAAGGCUUUGGAUUUGUCAGGUUUUCCAAUUAUGAGACACAAUUGCGUGUCUUAGGACAAAGGCAUCACAUCGACUCAAGAUGGUGUGAAGUAAAAGUUCCAAACUCGAAAGAAGGUCAGAUUCAGCAAGUUCCAUGCAAGGUGUUUGUUGGAAGAUGCACAGAGGACUUGACACAAGAGGAUCUAAAAGAAUAUUUUUGUAAAUUUGGAGAAGUCACAGAUGUUUUUAUUCCACGUCCGUUUCGUGCAUUUAGUUUUGUCACAUUCUUAGAUCCAGAAAUUGCUCAAUCAUUGUGUGGGGAGGAUCACAUCAUUAAAGGAGUUUCCGUUCAUGUGUCUAAUGCUGCACCAAAAGCCGACGGGAACAGAAAUCAAAAUUAUGGAAACUCAAUGAACAGUCGCAGUCAGAAUUAUGCUGGAAAUUCCGCUCCAUACAACAAUUCAAAUUAUCGAAAUGAGUUUGGGGGACGUGGAAGUGGCGGUGGAAAUAGUAACGGAAGCAGUAGUAAUAUGAGCAGUGGUGGUGGACAGAACUCAAAUUUUAUGCCAAAUAAUCCAAAUAGCGGGGGAAAUGCAUGGGGAAGUGGUGGAAACAAUGGGAAUAACAGCAGCAGCAACAACAAUAAUCGAGGCAAUCUUGACAUGCCAAAUUUACAAGCACUUGGAAUUAAUAGUGGAGGAAAUCCAGGCAAUCAAAGUGGAAGCGGUGGGAAUAUGAACAAUCCAUUAGGAGUUGGAUUAAACGCUUUAAACUUACCAAUGAAUCCAGCAAUUGUUGCAGCAGCCCUUAAUCAAUGGGGCUUGUUAAAUGGAAUGCAGGGACAAGGAAACAAUGAUCAGGUAAGCUAUCGUAUAACGAUAAUAGUUUUAAAAUCGUUGUCUUUUUGUAAGAUCUAAUUAACAUGUCCUCUUAUCCAUUAUUCUCUACUCUGUAUAAUCUUAGGGUGGUUUUAAUAAUUCAAGUAAUAGUUUUUUGUCAUGGAUGAAUCAACAGAAUAGUGGUGGUGGUACAGGAAAUAAUCCUAUCAAUAAUGACAACCAAGGUCCAAACAAUCAGCCAUGGAAUCAGCAACAGCAACGUAACCAAAAUGCUCCAGACAAAACAAAUUUCAUGUAAUGCGUUCAAAAGUUUUAGUUUUUAGAAAACCUUUUUUACAACUUUUUUUUUUGUUUCAUAUUGACACAAAUUUUAAUUUAAAUAAUCUUUUUUUAUCCUAAUAUUUAGGCGUGUUAAGCGAAUGAAAUAUGAUUAUGAUUGGAGUGAUUGAGUGUAAAAUUAUUAAUAAAAAUCAGGAGUAAGUUGAGUAUGUAAGAAGUAUGAAUGUGUGCUUUUUAUUAUUUUUUUGAGGAGAUAAUCUUUUUAAAAUAAAAUAAUUUUUUGAAAUAUGAAAUAAAUCGAGCCUUGUCUUUUUUUUAUUCAAUAUAAAUCUUCUUCAGAAUCCCUUUGUGUUUGU